AUUUGCAAAUCCACAAGCAUCUCCCUGAGCAGUCACACUGGAAGAACCAGCGAUGCAGGUCCUGAAUAAAUACUACCCCAAAAACUGCCUGCUCACCGUUAUGGACAGGUAUUCAGCCACCGUGAGGAACAUGGAGCAGGUAGUCAUGAUCCCCAGCCUCCUGAGGGAUGUGGUCCUGGAAGACACCGGCUGUGACAGCCCCACAGAUGAGGCAGGUAUCCACGACCUCUAUAGCUACUACACCAUGCUCAAGUCCAUCCGAGCAGAUGUGGAAAAUGGGCUGCUGCCCAAGGACCAGUGGAAGGACAAGAUUACCAGCUCGGAUGAGGAGGAAGAUGAAGAGAAGAGAGAGGAGGAUUUGGACCUCGAAGCUCAGUUUCACCUUCAUUUCUCCAGUCUCCAUCACAUCCUCACCCAUUUGACCCUGAAGGCCAAUGAAGUGACAAAGAAAUACCAAGAAAUAACUGGGCUGAUGAUGUAGACCCCAGGGUCCUGCUCUCUGUUAGGAUGCUCCACAACUUAUUUGGCUGAAGACAGCAGCCCCAGGCAUGAACAAUGAAAGACUCAUGGGCAUUGCAACAUUUUGUGCCAGGACGUUUUGCUGGAGGCUGCAGAAAAGAGAACUCGGUCAAGUGUGCUACUUCCUUGGCUACCCAUCUGGGACAUUCCUCAUGGACUUAUUGCCAGGAACCAGAAGAUCUUUGCUGACACCUUUGAAAACCAGCUCCAGUCCUGCCUCCCCUGGGUCAAGUUAGCAGGGGGUUGGUGGCUGAUUUGCAGGGGAUAGGAAGAGACCCUCUUUUCUUUAUUUUAUCUGAAGCUGUUUUUUCUCCCCUCUUACUUAUGUUCUUCAGCUUUUGUCUCUCCUCUACUUCCUGAUGAUGACUGCUUUGAGGUUAAAAGUGGCAGGAUUCCUCUGAGGUAAAGAGUCAGGAGGGCCCACCAGCUCCCCAUCCCAGAACCACUGAUCUUCUAUAUUAAAGGGUUUAUGAACCACACCUUCCUACCUUUGUGUUGGAGACCCUCCAGCAGAGAAAUGUGUCUGGGUUGAUUUGGGAGAAGGUUAUACUUUUCUUAGCUUGAAUCUUCAUUCAGAAAUUUGAAGAUACCCUACUUGCUAGACAAAACAUAUUUCCCUCCUCUCAGAAGGUGGACUACGGAUAUGGAAUGCUGUAUACAGUGAGCCACAGUUGAUAAAUGUUUGUUUUGAUUGUGUGUUUUUUUUGGUGGGGAAGGGUGAACAGGGAAGGGAGGAAAUGUUACAAGCCAGAGUUCAGUUAGGUGUGAUUACUAGAAAGUGACGGUGAUGUAAAAAACCCCAAAAAUUAAAAAAUAAAACCUUUUUAAAAAGCAAAAAA